UGUGAAAUGGGCUUUUGCCUUUUGUUAUCUAGAUGUUUUUGUUCCUUUGAUUGUGAAUAAUAAUUUCUAUUUUGAUUGUUUUAGUAGGUUAUAAAAUUUUGACUUUUGACACAAUGCCAUUAAAUUGAAAGAUAAACUCAGUGAUUUUUAUUUAGCUUUUUGGAAUGCGGUACUCAUAGUAGAUCUAAAUAAUCUGGUUAUUUUAAAAAAGUUAGGUUAAUCUUUGAAUUAUCCAAAAUGCACGAAUCAUUUUGGUUUGGAUUUAAAUUGGACGACCUUUUAUUCAAAGGGUUGAACAUAACAUCCGAAAGUGGUAUCAUCAACGCCUGUGUGCUGAUUCUUUUGGCAGCAGCUUUGUUUGAAGGACUAAAAUUACUACAAAUGAAAGUAAAUUUGAAUAUUCUUUCCAUUUCAUCGCUCAAUUUUAAUCUUCCAUGCUUCAACGACGAGUCAGAACUUCUACAAGAAAAUGGUGUGACAACUAAGAAGUCAAUUGAGAUAUGGUGGUUCUUGCUGGAAGUGGGCAUGUACGCUGGUCAGGUACUUCUUGGCUACAUACUGAUGUUGCUGGUGAUGACGUACAACGUGUAUGUGAUGAUAGCUGUGAUAGGCGGGGCCGGCAUAGGAUAUGCAAUGUUCGGAGCCCAGGUUGCCCGAAAUCGCAUAAAGAUGACGCAGCUCAAGAUACCCUGCCAGCAGUGUACUCAGUUUUUGCGCAGUGCAAGUGCAGCCAGCACUCUGCUGGAGAAUGAAAGCCUGGCCACAACUCCAGGCGACCAAUCAGGAGCGUCCACCUCGAUGCCAGCUGAGACCAAUAGGAACGAGACCAACAUCGAUGUCCACACAAGUCAUACGGCCACCAGUUCAUAGCUGUAAGAGUUACAUGUCUUCUAAGGGGGUGCAUUAGACUGCGGGUCGUCAAUAUUUGUGCUAAAGUAUACUUCUACUCUCCUUUCAUCAAUGCUGAUAUAAUUCAUUGAUCAAUGUGUAUCGAAUUGAGUACACUCCAAUUCUCCUGACACCAAUUCAUGUCUCAGUCUUGAGUUGAUGUUGAGUUUUAUAUUUUCUGACGAGAUACAUCCAGCAAGUGUUAGUCUGAAUAUUUUGAUUACUAAAAGUAGAUACAGUAUUGCGCAUUGAUCAAUGUAUAUCAACUUCGGUACACUCCAACUCUCCUGACACCAAAUUAUGAAUUGAUGUUGAGUUUUAUAUUUUCUGACGAGAUACACCCUGCUGGUCUGAAAAUUCUGAUUACUAAAUUGGCCGGAAUUCAGAUUACAUAUUUGGCCGGAUUCAAUUACUAAAUUGGCAUUCAAUCACAAAAUUGGAUUCUAUUACAUUAUUCAGAUUACAUAUUUGGCCGGCCAGAUAGCCGAGUUGACUAAGGCGUUGCACCCUUCAGUCUGCUAGUGCUACCUGUUCACGGGUUCGAAUCCCAUCGAAUAGGCAUGGACGUUUGAUCAUCUCAUAAUUCUCCCUCGUACUUCCCAUUACCCACGCACAAGCAAAAAGCUCAUGUGGGCAUCAACCGCAAUAAAAAAUGUAGAUAUUGUGCAUUGAUCAAUGUACACGUAUAUCGACUGAAUUGGUUAAUCGUUUUUUUUCUAUUAUGUGAUUUAUUGAGCCAUGUUCGGCUGUGAAGAUGUCUUGUAUAGAUCUUAAACAACAGUCGAAGAUGUGAUUGUAUUUCAAAACUGUAUGGAGACAUCUGCAGCAGAAGAUGUGUUAGUAACACCACACCAUGGUCCUGUCACUCAGUUCUGUCACUUGAAACAAAUUUUUUCGUAGUAAAAUGACAGGUACACUCCAUUUUGAUUACCAAGAGAUUCCACAAUAUUAAUUUAAAAUCUUCAAAUUUGAUUGUUUAUUAAGUAGUUCUUCCAAAUUCAAUGUAGGCGCUUCAAUAUGCUUUGAUCAAUGCAAAUCGAUUCCACUAUUAGAUCCCUCAGGGUGUAUUUCGGAUGAGGAUGCAAUUGAAACCUGAUUUACAUACCUGCUUCACAUUGUUUGAUUAUCUUGAUCGUCUUCUAUUUUUGAGAUGCUUUCUGUAUGACGUUAGUCACUUCAAUUGUCCGGAAAUUCUACUCGAAACAAUUUUUAAAAGAGGUAGACUAUAGUGAGGUCCACGUUAUAAUGGCUGUGUACAAUAAUUGACAAUACUGUUGCUGUCCUUUUCUAUCAUACAACAAAACAGAUAGCGCUAUCUCUCUCUCGCUUUGCAAUGUUGUCAGUUUGACAGAAUAUUUUAUUUUUACUUUUGACAGUGACUGUACAAAAGUAAACAAACAAUUCUCAGCCGCCAUUUUUUUCUUCAUUCUAUCAAAAUACUUGAGUACACAAGUUUUAUAAUUGAUUAAAAAUGUAUUUUUGGAACAUUUAAAUAAUUUUUAGACAUUACCGUAUGAGAAACACAAAUUAAAAUACCUGAAAUGACAUUUUAAAAGUUGAUAACUAACCAUCCCAGACUUCAUCCAUGCUUCAGUUAGCCUAUACGCAAAGGUUAGACCUACUCGUACCGGUAUAAAUAAUAUUGAAAGGUUAUCUUAGAACUAUUUCCAUUGAAAUUACCCAUUUUAAAAAGGAUUUCUAUUUUUCUAUUAUUUUAAAAAGAAAUUGGAAUAGAAUAAUUACUAAAUAACUUAAUUUCUGUUGUUUUAGAAUUCUGAUUGUUGUAUCUCACCUUUUUAAAUUAGCCGCCAUUUCAGGUUUGUAUAAAAAUAAAAAUCUGAUCUCAGUUAUGAAAGACAACUUUUGGUAUCAAAUUAUGAAAAAAUAAAUUUUCUUGAUUAAUUUGACAUUAAAUUGAUUAUUUUAUCAAGGAAAUGAUAAUUAUUAUUAGAUCAAAUUUAAUGGAAUGAAUUGAGUAAGAGCUGUGUACACUCAGUGGCAAAAUGGAGAGACUUGGCAACGUUUUUCUCCUAUCUUUCUUCACUGCCAUUAUAAUGUGGACCUCACUAUAGGAAAAUAUCUGAGAAUAUAUAACUUAGUAGGAACCUUUGAAAACUGAUUUAGAUUAGUUAGUUUUAAGGUAACUGGAGUAGUAAUUUGGAUAUUUAGAGGUGGUGGUAGUUGUAACUUGAGUAUAACUUGUUUUAAGUUGUAGCAUGGGUGAAUCUUGUUAAAUGAGUUAUGAAUUCCUACCACUAUCUACCAUUGUAUUUGUGAGUGGUUAACAUUCCUGCUUGCAAAAAUUCGUUGAUUUUUAACAACUGAAGUGAUACACUACAAUCUAUGACUAUUCAUAACGAACUGCAAGUUAUUAAUUUGUUUUGAACUAUUUUGACGACACUACAGUCUAAUUUGUGAAUAUUAGUUAUCAAAAACACACGUGAGUAUUAGAUUUUAAUAAUUAUUGUUCAAAAAUUAGACUGUAGUCUCGUCAAAAUAGUUCAAAACGGAACAAUUAUAAACAUAUAUUAAUUGAUAUACUCUCAAAUAAUCAACAAAUCACAAAGGUAAAUCGCAACCUCAAUGUACAAGUUAGUCUUGUAUAGUCAUAAGAUUACCUGAGAUUAUUGAGUAUCUGAAGAUCUUUCCGUAGAAUGUUGUACAAUCUAGUUUCAAUGAUUAUUUUUUAUUACUAAUGUAGUUAUUUGGUGUUUGCAACUAACAAAGUGACUGUUUGCUUGUUAAAGAUUUAAUGAAUCAUACAAAUAUGAUACAUUUGGGUUGAGUGCACUCUGGAAAAUUUGAGUGUCUGACGAUUAGGCCUAUGUGGUAAAUUUAUUUAUUGAAAUUCUAAUACUGAUUUGUAACGAUUUGAAAUCUGGUGACAGUUGAGAAGUGUAAUGGAAGUGGAAAAUUGAUCACAGUGAUGAUACUCCAAUAAUAUAAUUAGUCGUGGAUUAAAGGAUCUGAUGAGAAUUUACCAAUUUGUAAAAUUAUUAGUCGACUAGAAGAGUUAAUUUGAAGAAUAAUUUUAUGUAUGCUUUUAUGAAGUCUACAAUAGUAAUUAUUGUAGAUUAUGAUAAGCUCUGACUCUUCAAGGUUUUGUCAAUGGAAAACUUAUAGAUGGUUUUCAUAUUCUCAAGAAAAUUUAAUCCUGAAAUUGACAUUCCAUUAGGCUAUAUCAUUCAAAUUCUAAGCGAUUCUUCUUUGAUAGAAAUCUUGUAGUUUGGAUCAUCAUAACUUCAUCAAGAAUAUAACAUAGUCCCGUAUUUAUGAAUCAUGUUAUAUAAAAUGUAAAACGAACAAGAUUUCAAAACUCUUCUUAAGAUAACGUUCAGGACUUGUAGCAUCAAUUGAAUCGGUCUGAAGAGAAAGGGAACAUGUCAAAAAUCAGAAUUUUUCAGGGAGAGAAAAAACUGAAUACAGAUAAAAGUAUUGAUAAUUUCAAGAUUGUUUUUUGUCAUUAGGGUACAGCAAAAAUACGAUAUGUGUUUCUCUUAUAAAGAGAGUGCUGACAUGUUCCCUUUCAACUCCAAUCGAUGUAUCCCACAGUAAACAAUUCAUUUCAACAAUAAAAAAAUGAAAAAUUUUGACAUGUUCCCUUUUUCCUCAGGCCGAUUCAAUUAAAGAAACUUAUUAUUUUAUUACAUUUUUUUUUAGAAAUUUCAAAAAGAUAUUUUAAAAUGGACUGUUGUAUAAUAUAUUUUAUUCUACAUAAGUUAUCCACCUUCUUCUAUUUGUACCGUAGUUUCUAAUGAACUAAAAGUGAAGUUCAUCUCUGGUAUCGUUAGAGGAACCAGUGCCAUAAUGAAAAUGUGUUCAAAAUUCCUCCCUUUUACCAUUCUAAAUAAGAUGUACCUAAAUGGCUAACUUUUCUUAGCCACAUAAUCUCCGUAAAUUUUCGGGUUUUAAUCAAAUUCCCAAUUUCAAUUCAAUGAGAGUAGAACAUUUUCCACCAAGUGUGUCUUUAUAUAAUAUGUCUGUAACAUUGUGUCUUAACGAUACCAAAAGCCUUCCUUUUCAAUUAUUUUUAUAACCUCAUAAUCUACAGACCCAUGCGAAAUCAUCACAUCCGUUUUCAAAAUAUGGAAUCAUGGUUGAAUAAAUAUCGUAAUAUAAAUUAUUCAAGUUUAUUAUUAUUAUUAUCAUCAUAUUAGUAUUAAAACAUCCAAAUAAGAAGAUUCGAUUUGAAUAAUGAGAAAAUUUCAUAGCGAGCCUGAUUUUAUUGUUUAAAGCACAUAAAAUUUAUAAAUGAAUUUUCAUAGUUAGGCUAAGUAUAGUUUUAAUUCGUAUGUAAUAUAAAAUAAGUACUUUAGGUAUAGUCAAUGUACCUAGAAUGUACCUAUUCUAGGUACCUUGGGUAUAGUUUUAAGAUGUAAGUGAAUGAAACACCGUUAUAGAAUCGAGUAAGCAAUCGGAUUUAUAGAAUAAAUUAAAUGAUUGGUUUUUGAAGGAAAUAAUUUUAAUAUCAUCUGUAGGCUAUCUUUUGCAGUGCCAACUUUUUCUAGUUAUAAAAGAUUUACGUUUCUAACUUUGAUAGUGGAUAACAAUAACUCAUAUAAGUUUGUAAAUUACAGUAUAUAGUGUUAAGUUAGCAUUGUUAGUUUUACCAAAUCUUUAAUACAUUUAUUCAUACGUUACCAACUAAUGAAUAUUAAACAAGUUGACUAUUAGCAAAAAUAUGAGAACACAGUCUAGCUCUAAAAACAUGCAUAGAAGAUGCUCAAUUGAUUUUUAUGUUUGAAUUUGUUUUGUAUGGUCUCAAAGUGAAGCUUCAAGCUAGUUUAUAUUUGACGUUAGAGUUACCAAAUUAGAGUAUUGAAAAUUGACAUAAUUUGAUAAAUUAUACUAAUAAUCUUUGUUGCGUUACAAUAAAAAUAUUUUUGUUACA